GAGCAGCCCCUCCUCUCCCCUCAGGGUGGGCUGGUGUGGUUACACCCGGUCCCAAAACCUGCCCCAUCCUCACAGUGACCCACCCAGCACCCUAAGGCAGGCUCCUGCCCUGAGCCACCGUUCCAUUUUAUAUUUACAAAGCCAGCCUUACUCCCUCAGAUGUCGCAGUCCCGGGAAGCCGCUGCCCCGCCGCUGCCGCCGCCUUUCUCCCCUCAGGGACGCCCCAGAGGCCCGGGCCCCGCUCCUCCGUGUCGGGGACAAUGUGCGGGCCCUGGCCGGAGCCAGCUGCUCUUCCCACCUCACAACCUGUAAUUUUCAGCCCUUACCCCACGGGUGAUGGGAAGAGGAGGCAGAACACAAACCAGGGUGGCACCUGGCUCCCAGAGAGGCACUGAACCUCACUCCUCACUUUGCCUGGACAGGGAGAGUGAUCCAGGGGGGAUGAGCGACCACCACCCAGGAGAGCCGCCCUCACAUCGCUCCAAGGCCUCACUUUCCUCCCAGCCUAAACACACCUGUCCCAAACUGGAGCCUCCAAAUAAUCCAGCAAUUUAAUCCAAGAGGUGCUGCUGCAGCACAGCCUGGUGACCGCCUGACCCUCAUUGUACCUCCAUGCCCAUCGUGCUCCAACCCCUCUGGAAUUAUAAAUACUCCACAAUAGAGCCUGGACUGGAUUAUAAUUAGACAGUGAGCCAAGAGGAUGGAAACAAUGAACUAUAAAAGCCAGGCUAUCCCCUCAGCCAGGCCCUGCACACCAGGAAGCACUGGAAUGAACGAGUCACCGGGAGCUGUGACGGGAAAGCUGAGGAUUUCCUCCAAAUUGGACCUGGAGCGUCCCUUAGCACCUCGUGCUCCCAUCUCCAGGUUUUACACAGCCCUGGUCACAGGAGACCUGAGGAGCCUCCAGGUCCUGACUGAGCGAUACCACCUAGAUGUCAACCUGGUCUUUGAGAUCAGUAAAAACGAGCUGGAGUGGCAGGUGAAAAGCCAAGCCUCUUAUGGACCCUCAGGGCUGUGGGCGCUGGAGGAGAAGCGGGAGCUGAGCACCCCGCUGUGCCUCGCCGCCCGCCACGGGCACCCCGACUGCCUGCGCCACCUCCUGCGCCACGGGGCCGACCCCAACCUGGCCCCGGGGGGACGGGGACCCCUGCACGAGGCCUGCCAGGGGGAACACAGCCACUGCCUGGAGCUGCUGCUGGAGUACAGGGCCGACCCCAACCUGCAGAGCGACGAGGGCACGGCCCCGCUGCACCUCUGCACCAGCCGGGGCUCCCUGCGAGGUGGGGAGACCAAACCAACCCAGGGCAUGCAGAGGAUGUCCUGGACCACAGAGGUCCAGGAGACGGCCCUGGGCAUCCUCUGCGGGCGGGCCCCGGGCACAGGUGAUGAUUCCCUGCAGCUUUUCCAGCUGCUGGAUGCCCACGGCGCCGACGUGGACGCCCGGGACGAGAGCUGGAGGAGCCCCUUGCACCGGGCGUGCGGCGCGGCCAACGCCGAGCUGGUGCGGCUCCUGCUGCGGCGUGGGGCCGACGCCAACGCCGCCGACUACGACGGGGUGUCCCCGCUGGGCUGGGCCCUGCAGAGCGCUGCCUCCCACAGGGAUCUGCGUCCACACCUCACCAUCCAGCUGCUGCUCAACCACGGCUCCCAGAAGAUAUGGCCCCCUGCCUUCGUCAAGGUGCUGAAAUCCUGCGCUGCUGUGCCGGAGGUCAUCGAAGUCCUCUUCAAUUCCUACUCCCAAAUCCCAGUCUCCCAGGAGUGGGCUGAGGCCGUGCCACAGGAGGUGUUCCAGCAGCACCAGCCUUUCUACGAGUCCAUUCUCAGGCUGGCUGGCACAGCCCGCUGCCUGCAGCACUUGUGCCGCUCCGCCAUCCGCGCAAAUUUUGGGAGCAGGUGCCAUUCCCUCAUCCCUCUGCUGCCCGUGCCCAAGGCUCUCCGUGACUUCCUGCUGCUGGAGCCCCAAGGAGUCGUGCUGUGA